AUGUUUGUUCCCUUGCCGGUGCCGUUCGUCUUUCAGAGAACUGCUCCCGACCUCAACGCCUGGUGUCUCAAGUCCCCGCUGGCUCUGCGAUCCAACUCCGAUAUCAGAAUGUCAAAGCCAGUCGAGGAGAAACCUGGUGUUGACUUUCCAAUGGAGAGCGCAGACUCAGAUAGAAAUGGCCCAAACUUCAACAAUCAGGUUCAGCAAAUGAAAAUGCCCCCAUUCUGCCUCUCUUCCUCUCUGGGAAACAGCAAGGGCAAGAUGGAGGAGUGUGGUGAGAUGUCCCCUGCCCACGGCCCCACCCCCUCACAGGCUCCCCUCCCCCACACGCAGCUCAUGCUGGCGGGGAGUCAGCUGGCCGGGCUGACAGCUCUCCUGCCAGCCCAGCAGCAGUUGCUCUUGCAGCAGGCCCAGGCUCAGCUGCUGGCGGCGGCCGUGCAGCAGUCCAGCGCCGCCCACGCGGCCCAGGCAGCCCAGGCGGCCGCCGCCGCCGCGGCCAAUCAGGCGGCGCAGGGUCAGCCGCAGCCUGACGGCGCGCAGGAAAAGAGCCCCGCCCCGCCCCAGCUCACCCUAUCACAGCCCGUUCAGCUCACAGCGCAGGACAUACAGCAGCUCUUGCAGCUGCAGCAGCUGGUCCUGGUGCCUGGACAUCCCCUGCAGUCCCCUGCACAGUUCCUCCUGCCACAGGCACAGCAGGGGCAGCAAGGCCUCCUAUCGACACCAAAUUUAAUUCCACUACCUCAGCAAAACCAAGGGGGCCUCCUGUCAACUCCCCCCAGACUGGGCCUCCAAGCACAGAGAGACAAGGGUGUAGAUGGUAGUGUGACCUUAUCCACUGGUGUGACGGCUCACCCUGAGGAACCGAGCGACCUGGAAGAGCUGGAGCAGUUUGCACGCACCUUUAAACAGAGGAGAAUCAAGCUGGGCUUCACACAGGGUGACGUGGGGAUGGCUAUGGGGAAGCUCUAUGGUAAUGACUUCAGCCAGACGACCAUCUCCCGCUUCGAGGCUCUGAACCUCAGCUUCAAGAACAUGUGCAAGCUGAAGCCCCUGCUGGAGAAGUGGCUCAAUGACGCAGAGACCAUGGCGAUGGACUGCACCCUCCCCAGCCCCAGCUCCCUCUCCUCUCCCUCUCUGAGCUUCGAGGGGCUGCCCGGGCGUCGCAGGAAGAAGCGCACCAGCAUCGAGACCAACAUCCGCGUGGCCUUGGAGCGCAACUUCAUCGCGAACCAGAAGCCUACCUCAGAGGAGAUCCUGCAUAUGGCCGAACACCUGAGUAUGGAGAAGGAGGUGAUCCGGGUCUGGUUCUGCAACCGGCGCCAGAAAGAGAAACGCAUCAACCCCUCCAGCGUCACCCCCCCCUUGCCCAGCCAGCCCCCGUCUGUGACGCACAAACCCCCCUGCUACAGCCCACACAUGAUGUCCAGUCAGGGACUGUCCCCAGCAGUCACCAGCCUCAGCUCCACAGGUAGGGGGCGCUCUCCACUAACCACAACAUCUUCAGCAAUUUGCCCUCUGACACCAAGCAGCCCGGUGAUCAUCGGCUCCUCCCCUUCUCCAGUAACCCCGCCCCCCUGCAGCACAGCCAGCCCCGCCCCUCCCAGCCACAGUGCACUGAGCCUCAACCCAAGGAACACAGCGCUGGGGGUAAACGCAGGGAGGAGCCAAGCUCUCAUCAGCAGCAACCCCCUGGCUACUCUGCAAGCUCUGGCAGCCAGUGGUGGUCAGCUGCCCAUUUCCAGUCUUGAAGGGGCCAGUGCCAUGAUGCUGGGCGGCACCGGGGGCUCUGGAGGGGGCCUACCAUCCUCGCUGUUCCUCAACCACUCCUCCAUACUGCCCCUGACGCCGGGGUCCGGCAUGGGAUUGGUGGGAGCCUCCAUGGCCAAAGCCAUCCCGGCGACCUCACUUCCUGCCAUCGGCAGCGUGAGCGUGAGCCCCGGCUCCUGCUCCCCCACUUCCUGCCUGAGCCCCGCCUCUUCCUGCUCCUUCAGCGAACCGGGACACAGCCCGCUGGAUCUGGGAGGGCCCCAGGCCGAGUGACGCACCCAGAAAGGCCAAUCACACGAGGAGGAGGAGGAGGAGUGAACAGAGGGAACGGAAAACCUCACCUUUCAACCAAAGCCGUCUCUCUCUCUCUCCCUGCCUCCCUCCUGCCGUCUCUCGCUUCCUUUCUUUCUCCCUCUCUCCGAGUCUUUCAAAGCCAAAAAUACACAGAAUGAAAGAGAGGAGAGGGGAGAAGGAUUGGGGCAUAGGAGGGAAAAGGAGAAUGGGAGAGAUUUAAACCAAAAAUGAUCUAACAUUACCUAUACAGAUGGAGAGGAGGCAUUGUGGGAAUUUUUUUGUCAGUCAUGAGUGGCUUGUGAAGACCGCACCUUGUCUGUUUCCUGUUAGUGGAAAAAAAACAGGGAUGAAAAGAGAGGUCAGGGAAGCGUGACGAUUCUCCAGAAUGAAAAACUGUUCCUGUGUCUGAAAGGACCACAGAGGAAAAAAGCAGAAGGACUUUGGGAAAGUCAGUAAAGGGAAAAGAAAAUAAAGGAAUUUAAGCCAAAAAGAAAAGAAAUGGAAGGAAAAGGAGAGAAUGACAAAAAAAUGACAACCUUGCCAAAAUCCCCUAAACCAAAAUACCAAAAACCGAAACCAAAAAAACGGAUGGAAAAGCUUUAAAAGACCUGUAAAAUACUGACCGUCCAGGACCAGACAACAAACACAAAAAACACAACAAACACCAAAUCAUAAAUUGUUUCAUUGCAUUUUCUUCCUAUUUUGUUCAUUUUUGUAUUGCACUUAUUUUACUUUGACAUCAAUUAUUAAUACAAAUCAUUUGUUUUUAUAAAUAUUUUAUGCUUGAAUGAGCUGAGCUCAGAUGUGUAUAUUGUGUAGUUAUGUCUGUGUCUCUGUACCUACCUCUUGCCUUUAGCUCCGUAAACAUCUGUUAGAUUAGAUUCCACAUGUGUAAGAGUAGGUGCCUUUUCCUUUCAAAAGAUUUAAUUUUAGAAGAGUUACAAAGAAUAAUUAUUCUUUAUUUAUUCAUUUUUUGUUUUCUUUUUAUUUGCAGUUGUCAGUUCUUGUUGUUGUCAUCAUUGUCAUUGCCAUUUUUAUAAUAUAAUUUUCCAGUUUCAAGAAAAAGGCAUGUUUUUUUAAAAGAAAAAAAUCCAAACCUGCUAUUUAAAUAUAGUGCCUGUCAUUUCAGUAGUAUGCAGCAGAGGUAUUCACAUGCACGAACGUAUGUACACACACACACACACACACACAUCCAUGAAAUAUAAACCAUGCCAUGGUCAGUGGACUCCACUUCCCGUAAUUCCAGUGUAGCACAUCUUCUUUCUCAGACAAUUCCACACUGACUGGACACACAGCUGACUGUCCUAACUGACUGUUGUGCACACAUUUCUUCACUUGCAGGCAGGCACAUGCACAUACACACUGCAGGCCCAACCGGGUCAUUAAGAGCAGCGUAGGCUGUUCAUGUGCAGUUCUGUGGUUCUAAUAAUCUGUGAGGGACCCUCCCUCUGGUUCUCUUAGUCAAACUUUGUGUACAAACAGAACAUUUCUGCGGCAGUGAAUGUGUGUCAGUACAGAACAUUAUUCUGUUGCCUUUUUUCAUCCGUGUUAGACAGCCUUAAUAUCGUACCGUCAGCGUGGGUGGAUGGGCACAUGUAGGCUUUUAGUCAUCAUCUACUUUGUUUUGGUCAUUGUUUGCUUCAUUCCAGAAAGUGUUCUUGUCUAUAAAAAAUUAACUCCAGAAUGCCAAAGCGUUUAUCCUACAGCUAUUUUUUUGCAGAACUGUAGGAUAGCUGUUCAUACAAAGAAUUCAGAGAAGAUGUCAGCCAUGACCAAAAAGAAAAACACAUAAAAGAGAAGGACCAAAAAGCAACACCUUUCCCCCCACCCCUGUGUCAUUGGCAUUUUCGCUGCUUAAAAAAAGCUCAACUGCAGCCAGUGGGAAGCACAGGUCGGGGGUAUCGGUGGACCGCAUGGCGUGAAGCUAAGAGACAUUAGCCUUAUGAGCAAUGCUUCAAACCAAAAACAAAGAAUGACCCAAAAUGAACAACAGCCAAACCAAAACCUAAUCAAGCCAAAUAUGGAUGGAGGUCUCGCAGAGACCGAAGCAGUUAUGUUUGUCUGUCUGUCUGUCUUGGCCAGGCUGGAAUAGACAGACACACAGAGGCAUGGACUGACUCCCCUCUCUCUUUCUCUCUUUCUCUCUCUCUCUCUUUCUCUGUCUCUCUCUCUCCAAACUCAUUUAUUCUGGUCCUGGACGGGGAAAUAAUGAAUGACCUCACUGAACUUAUAAAUACUACUUUGAUUCUUCGCCUUUACGGUCGAUCCAUUGAA